GGGGGACGGCGGAAGCGGCAGGUUGGAAGAGCACAGCCACACAAAAUCCCGGAGGAGGUCAUCAAAACAUUAUUUCGACUCACCACAAUCGGACAACAGCGCGAUGUCUUUGACCCAAGAGUCCGUUUUGUCUUUUUUACUGGAGCGAGGCGGCAAAGUGAGGAACGCUGAUCUACUCGCCCACUUCGGCGUUCUCAUCAACGGCGGCUCGCCCGCGGAAAAGCAACACAAUAGGGAGCUGUUCAAGAAGUUGGUCAACAGCGUAGCCGUGGUUCGCCAGACGGACGGGGUGAAGUUCGUGGCGGUCAAGAAGCGGUACCAGGACUUUGUGAAAGAUGUGCUGCAUGAGACUUUGUCCUAUUCAAACUCGACUUUGCAAAUUGGUCAUUCAGACGUGAAAAAUAACAGUGCGUCACACGUGAACUUGCAAAGAAGUAAGUCAGACACUACUCUCAAAGUGCUGAACAUUUGUCGAGAUCAAGUAGGCAGCAGAUCUUCAGGAGCUGUGUUUGCCGUAGUAGCGGUCACCUCUCCUUCUAAAGGGAAACCGCAAUCUACAUCCCAACCUCAUAUUCCAGCUUGCAAUGAAGACAAACCCCUGCAAAGUUGGAGAAACCGUCACAGCGACGACCAGAAGAAGAGGCAGGCCGACGAAGCCGAGUGCUGCGGGUCGGUACCCCUCGACCCCUUGGUCCACGAGUGGCUGGUGAAGUGCGCCGCCGGGCUGUGGGGGCACGUCCACGCCAUGCUCCUGCAGGACGCCCGCCUGGCCCAGAAGAAGGACUUCAUGUCAGGCUUCACGGCGCUGCACUGGGCCGCCAAGGAUGGAAAUGGCGAGAUGGUCCACAAGCUGAUGGACAUCGCCCGGAGGAGAGGGGCACAUGUUAACGUUAACAGCAAAGCUCACGGGGGCUACACACCUCUACACAUCGCCGCCAUACACAACCACACAGAGGUCAUGCUUCAACUGGUCCAACGUUACGGCGCAAGUGUUGACGAGAGGGACAACGACGGCAAGAAGGCCCGCCACUACCUGGGGGCCGGUGUGUCAGCGGAGGUCAGAGCCCUCGUGGGAGGUGUGCAGCUAUCUAAAUACUGGAACAAGACGGAUGACGAGCAUUACCGGGAGCAGCCGAAAGGUCUCAACACUAUCAGUAAGCUGUUCCAGCCUCACAGGAAGCAGAAAUAUGCAACAAGACUCACGAUUGACGCAUGAGACUCAGCAGUGUUUGCUUAUCUUCUGUCUGUUAUGUACCCUAUACACACAUUGGAUAUGGUUAAUCAUUUUUU